CUGCUGUCAACAUCUGUUGUAGCUGCGGUGACCCGUGUUAAUGCCAAACACCGGCCUCUGCUGCCCCCUGCUGGUCUCUGCUGCCCCCUGCUGGUCCCUGCUGCCCCCUGCUGGUCCCUGCUGCCCCCUGCUGGUCCCUGCUGUCCACUUUUUAAACCCCACCCUCUUGGAGACGGCAGCUCCUGUUGUUGUCAAGAGGAAACAGCGGUGCUUUCUGCUCAGGAGAUUCAAAAUGUCGUACAGGCUCUUCUUCUGGGUCCUGAUCUGCUCUGUGGGCUCUGCAGCUGAGGAGCAGCGGCAGGUGAAAGUCCAGCGUGGACAGGAAGCCGUUCUUCAGUGUGGCGGUCCAGCAGACGCCUCCGUCAUCCUGCUGGAGUGGACCAGACUGGACCUGAAGGCAGACGGUUACGUGUUCUUCUAUAGAAACAAGCAGUUUUAUGAAAUCUACCAGCUCCCGUCUUUCCAUGGUCGGGUGGCGCUGGUCGAUCCUCAGGUGAGGGGCGGAGACUUCUCCGUUUUCCUGAGGAACGCUGACAUCAGCGACAGCGGAUCGUACGAGUGUCGGGUCAUCAUCAGCACGCCGGGUCAGACGACGCACUCUGAGAUCAAACGUGUCAUGGAGCUGAAGGUGACAGACCCAGAGCUCACAGCUGGACGCCUCAGAGGUGGAGGCAGCCAGAGCCGAGCGGGUGGAGCUGUCGCUGCUCUCGCACUCAUCUGUCUGCUUCUUGUUGUUCAGUGAAAUAGUUUGAUUCACGUCAGCUUCUCUGAGCCUGUUCACACCUGGUGUCACCACCUGUCCUGAGACGGCCAAUCACAAGUCAGCUCACAGCCGGCAGGUCACAUUGUUACGCAAACAACUUCAUGUUCUGAUUAAAUCUGAAUUUACUAGAAGGACACAGUGAGUUAGAAUCUGACACAGUUUCACUACGUUAUAAAGUUUGUUUUAACUCAACAACUCUUAAAAUCACCACAUUUGUUAAUGGAGUCUGGUGCUGUUGUGUUACUGACAUCAGCAGCUUAAAGGGACCAAACAUGUCAUUUACACUUUCAGACAGUGUGUAAUCCCUCCACCUCCUCCUCCUCCUCCUCCUCCUCCUCCUCCUCCUCCCCCACCUCCUCUUCCUCUUCCGUUGAGCUGUUAUAUUAACAUAUAUACAUUAUAUAUACCUGUCUGACAUGUCAAUGAUUAAUUAUUGAUCAGCAUUAAGAAUUCACCUGAUUGAAAAUGUCUUCAUCAACAAUCAGAGCUUUUCACUGUAACAGAUUACAGAUUACAAUCAAAACACUAAAUACUGAUGGAGAAAAUGUUUUCAAUCAGAAAAGUUGUUAUUUAAAAAGACCCGUUCCAGUUGGUCGCUGCAGCAUUGGCUGGGCUUUGUUACUAUUUGUUCAAUAGUAAACAGGUUAAAAAUGUUGAAUAUAUUUCACGUUAUUAACGAGUAAUCAAUAGGUUGUUACAGCAGCCAACAUUUUCAUCCCCGAUGGACGACGGUUCAUCGUCAGGCAGAGACGUGUUGCUAAUGUCUUAGAGAGAGACGGAUGUCUGGAGCCUGGAAAGACUCCGUAGAGUGCAAACCUCCACCCAUCAGUCCCUCACUGUACCUACUCACAGAUACCAGACACCUAAAUACACCUGAUUUAUUCAUUUUUUUAAAAAAAUCAGGAUCCGUCUUUAUCUCCUGAGACUUGAAUGAAAAUAAGAAAAAAGUCCCGGGUCAGCUAACAAACAAGCAGAACCUCUCUGGUGACGAACUGCAGUCCAACAAACAAAAGGUUGAUGUUCGACUGAGGAUGUGAAGCUGAGCAGGACACACAGUCACAUGUUGUUUCUACAGCAGGACUCAGUCUGUGUUUCUAAUGUUCUGACAUCAGUUAUUGUGAUUAUAUGACGAUUGUGUCUUUGUAACACUACUGGCUCUCUGUAUCUGUAUCUGCCUCCACUUCCUGUGUCACUGUAUGAGCUUCACAACAGUAAUAAAGGAGUUAGUGAUUCUCAGCA